AUGUACACGCCAACCCCACCGCCUCCGAUACCUCCGCCGAAACCCAGCAGCCACGACGCCAGCCGCCUAGGCACGCCCUCCGCUUCCAACUCCCCUCGGCCGCCGCCGCCGGUACCAGAUGAUGCCUUCGCGAGGGAUGCGCAGGGGAAGGGCAAAUUGCCAGCUACCACGGACGCAUCGGGCCUGAUCCCGGCCCCGAUAGCGGGCGGCGAACACGAGAGCAUACCGGACCCUGGCGACCAGUGGCUGCCCAAGAUCCUGGAGGACAAGUCGAAACAAGACCUAACCGAAAUCCUCUCAUCCCGCCCAACCCUCGAGGCGCUGACGUACGCGCCCUCAACGCAACACCCCUCGCUCGCGCAGACGCGCGACGCGCUGCUGUCCGCGCUGGCGGAGAACGUCGGGCUCGCGGCGCACCUGACGGACCUGGAGGCACGGCUCGGCGCGCAGCGCGCGCAGGCCCAGGCCCAGCUCCUCGGCGCGCACGCGCUCGAGCGCCAGUGGCGCGCCAAGCAGGCCGAGAUGGACGCCGCGCUCGCGCCGUUCUCGCCGGGCGCGCUGUACGCUAGGCUCGGGCAGAGCUUGGCCGAGCAGGAGGCUGUUUGCGGUGCGCUUGAGGAGAGUUUUUUGGAGGGAGGAGGGGGGGAUGGGGAGCGGGCGUCGGAGAGGGAGGUUUUGGAUUGGGUUAGGCGGUAUAGGGAUGCGAAGAAGGUGCUUUAUUUGAGGCAGGAGAGAAGGGAGCGCUGGAAUGAGCAUCGUGUUGGGGGGUGGCGGUGA